AUGCGCCCGCGCAUGGCGCGCCGCCUCGCGUCUUCACAACCUUCCAGCUCGCUGCUCAAGCACCUCGCGCAGAAGGGAGCGUUGAUGCGAAGUGUGGCAUACGGCUCGUGUGGGAAGCAGACGCCGCCACAGGCCAUCCCCAAGUCGGGUGCGGAUGCACCUGCUGAUCCGGCCGGCCCGGUUGCAUCCCCCGUGCUCACGCAGCCGCCCGCCACACGGGCGCGACACUGCCCCGAGACGUCCGGACACCGGCGCCUCAGGCCCUGCCACCUGAGCUCACCGUCUCCGACAGGAGGCAGAGGCGGAGGCGCGGAGGAGGUAGGCGUGGAGGAGGGCGAGGAUGUGGGCGCGGAACAGGGCGACGUGGCGACGGGCGGCGUGGCGGCGGGCGACGCAAAGGCGGGUGAGGCGAAGGUGGGCGACGCGGGGACGCAGGACGCAGAGAUGGAGGGUUGCGUGGGCGCAGAUGGGCGACGCAGGCGGCGCGGACGCGGAGGGCUGGGACGCGCGGAGGAGGGCGAUGCGGAGCAGGCGGAGGAGGGCGGAGGUGAGGUGGAGGAGGCGGGCGACGAGGGCGGACGAGGCGGCGCGGAGGUGGGUGACGUGGAGGUGAGCUGCACAGAGGAGGGCGACGAGGGCGGGCGGCGCAGGAGAGGAGGGUGGCGCGAAGGAGGCGGGGGGCUCGAAGGAGGCGGCAGGCGCGGGUGGAGUAGGGUGAGGAGGAGGGUGGCGGCGCAGGGCAGCACGGAGGAGGAGGACGGCGCGGAGGAGGGCGAGGAGGAAGGCUGA